AUGGUCCAGACCAGGGCAGCGUGGAAUGCGGAGCAGCAGUCAAAGUCGGGCGAUGAUGCCAUGGUAGAUGGCGACCUGUACGUGGUGGUCAGUCAAGAGAUUGAUACGCAAUUGGAGCGUCUCAACAAUCUUCGAGACGAGGUAUCGUCGCGUGGCGACUGGGAUGAUGAGUCUCUCGACACGAUGAGUUUAACGGGAGAUGCCAUUGCCGAUGAGCUUAAGCGCUUGCACGACCAGGUCGAUCGCAUCGGAAAGGUACCAGUCUGGCGCUCGCGGCAAUACAUUACACUUGAUGACGCUAGAGACGAGUCUUCCUCCAUUGAGGAGUUUCUUAAGCAGGAGCGUGUUGGCCGACAUGCUGCGCAUCUGCGAUCACUUCUACCACCAGGAUGGCGCAAUGAUUCACUCAGCACUUACAGCGCCGCAGGCAAUACCGGUGGCGGACCAGAUGAUGACCCCCUCAAGGAUCUCAAUAAAGCCAUGCAUGACCUCGGCCUGAAGUCAGGAACCGCGCCCGGCAUCUGGAAGACGAAGGCACAAGUUUCGGAAGCCCACUUGAAGUCACUAGUGGACACGUUCGACGACUUGCAGAAGUAUAUCGACCACAAAACGUCUGGCCUUCCGCAGGCUAUUGCCUUGGACGCCGAGUUUUCCAAGGGCAAGGCACAGUACGCCCACAUCCCUUGGCAGGUCGCCGCUGUCAGCAUUCCCCCAUCCGACCCAGGGACGAUUGUCUCAGCAUAUUGGAAGUACAGCACGGUCCAAGCAAAGACGGUCAAAGCUGAGGCCAAUGCUGUAGAUGACGAAAAGAUGAAGACAUGGUUGCUGCAACAGGCCAAGACGUCUGAACGCCCAGAUUAUCAACAUAGGAUGGUUACGGGCUUGACAGCGAACGGGUUCAAAGCAGCGCUACACGCCAAGGGUGUGGACGAGCGGGCGCUGCUUGUCACUUGGGGGACUACCAGUGCGGAUGUUGUCGCUUUUGCCAAAAUUUGGGCGGGUUGCGAUGAUCUUCUUGUUCAAUCAGCGGACCUACAGUGGAGAAGAAUUAAAAAGCUGGAUUUGUCCCAGCUGGUCAAGAGGACAACCAAUCUGGGUAGUCUUUCCCUCCAGCAAGUGUACAGGGCCCUGUUUCCCGAUCGAGAUGGGUUGGACUGGCACGACGCUCUGGCUGAUGCUACCGCUACCGCGCAAAUAGCCUACCAUAUCUACGAGAACCGAGACAGCUGGUUGUAG